AAAUACCGUAAUUCUCCUUUUAAUAAGACAACACCUGCGAUAAAAACAAACCAAAAAACCUUCCGUACUUUAAAUACAUUUACCAAGUCUGCUAAAAACUUCCACCUCCAACUGGGUCCAGACUCGCCAGAGAAAUGGAUACGGUUGAGCUUUUGUUCAUUCUUUUGUGUGUGUGUGUGUGUGUGUGUGUGUGUGUGACUACAACCCAAUAAAAAUGCAUUUAUUAUAUAUACAGACUCACUCUGACUAUUCAUGGGGCUGCUUUGACUCCACAUUAGUGAGUCAGUUACCUGACUCUUUUGGAAGAUCCCAGGUCAUCCAAUGAUCAAACGUGCCCCAAGGCCUCCUCUCAGGUGACCUUGUCCGAAACAAGCUGCCAAGAAACGGCCAUCUUAAUACUCGCUGUUACUCAAAGCUGGCACCAUGCAGUAAAUUCACAGGUCUGCCUUUUGGCUCAGCUCUAUCGAUAUAUCUAUCAAUAUAACACCACAACAUCCUCUUGAUCAAGAAGACCCCACGGUACUUCUUCCAUCUGUGUCUCUCCUCCAACCAGCAAAACAUCUUGGUCUGUGACAACCUUGGUGGAGUCCAGUCUCAGUCCAAUGGUGAGCGGAUGCUGUCCCAAGAUAGCAGUGUCCUGCACUUAUGAAAGCCUUGAGUGACAGCUGGACGAGCAUUUUAUCAAAUUUGCGGUUGGUGACCUGUGACUUGUCCCUUAGCACUACUGUGAGUGGUUGUAUCUGUGUGACCAGUGAUGACCUGUGAGGACUGUAGCCUCAGGUAGCUGGGACAUGAGUCAGAAGUUGCUACGACUCAACUGAGCCCAAGUUUUUGUUUGGCUCUGAAGUUUGUCAACACCUACCUUUUAUCGUUCACAGUGCUUUGAUCUAAAAAGUGAAGAACUUUGAUGUGAUUUGUCAGAAAGUGGAUGCUUUAUUACUCUGAAAAUGUUAUUGCCCACUAACAACAAAUAUAUAUCAACAACUUUUCUUGAUUGAAAAUACUUUUCUUAUGCUAGUUUCCUGUGAGUUUUACACAGCAGUAACUGAAUACAGAUCAUCAUCGAUACACAUCAGUCACUGUCCCCAGUUUCACAGUCAGGAUCAUGGGCACUUCUUUAACAUUUGUGCCUGUGAAAUGACAAAAACCCUGCAAGCUUGAAGGAGUUGGAGAGUGACAACCUCAGUUUGCCUCCUCCACAAAGGUGAUAGAACUUGACCACUAGCAUGGCAACAGUCAAAGAUGCACUGGCCAAAUGGGAGGAGAAGAUUGGGGAGAAGGCGUGUGACCAAACACACGUCAUGCUUUAUGGUCAGAACCCUCCAAUAGAAAGGAUGGAUGCCUCUAUCGCUACACUGGCCAACUGCGAGCAGCUAUCACUGUCCACCAAUAGGAUCAAAAAGAUUACAAAUCUUCAUGGCCUGAAGAACCUGAGGAUUCUGUCUCUGGGUAGAAAUUGCAUCAAAGACCUCAGUGGGCUGGUUGGUGUUAUGCUCUACACAGCACCGCACUUAUCCAGUGAGUUUGAAUGCCUGCCGUGCAUCAUACAGGAGCCAGUGAGGGACACACUGGAAGAAUUGUGGAUCUCUUACAACUCAAUCGAGAAGAUGGAUGGAAUCCAAAACCUGAAGAAAAUGAGCGUUCUCUACAUGUCAAACAACCAGGUCAAAGACUGGGGAGAGUUUUCCAAGAUGGCCGACCUGCCCUCCCUCUCGAUCCUGGUGUUCCAGGGGAAUCCCCUGCAAGUGAAGCACGCCGCCGAUGGGACGUGGAGAGAGGAGGCCAUAAAAAGGCUUCCGAAUUUGAACAAGUUAGACGGAUAUUCUACACUCAAGAAAUAACCCUAGCAUGAAAGAACUCAGAGGACAUCGACCAAGUUAACAGACCCUGGAAUUUACCUUCAAAAUAAAACUGAUGAUGAGUGUCAUUUUAUGAACAUUUUUUUUGUGAAUACUACAACACAGCCCAAGCAAAUUAAUGCAACAUAAUACAUGAAUAAUACAUGAACUACAUUAAGGUUGAUGUUUUUUUAAUUGUAUUAUAUGGAGUCUAAAAUGCUUCACUUUUGUGGGACGUCCACUCGCACCUAGUUUGAUAUCCAUUGAAGCAUUGUCAGCAGAGAAAAUAAAGCAGGUACACAGGCACACUGUGCUAUUUGCAGAUCAACGUAGGUUCCCUCCCACAGUUCACCAACACACAGAAGACAGUGAGUGUAUACAGCAGGUGCUGUGAAUUUUCUGCGGGUGUGAGUGUGAAGGGUGGUUUGCCUGCGAUGGUGUCCCCUGCCUCUUGUUCCACUGGACCCGCGGUGAGGUCUCUAGAUGUCCCGUGGUGAGAUAUGGUCUUGAUGAGCGGCCGAAAUCAAGAAACAGAUCAUAUGACAGUAGUUUGUCAUUAUGUCUCGCUGCAAUAAUUCCAAUGAUGAAUGUAAAGCAUGAAUAAAGUCUAUCUUCCCUUGUCAUUAAUAAAAGCAAGCAAU